ACAAAGCCCGCGUGUGAGCGGCGCCCGCGGCCGGCUCUCCUUGCCUGCAGCGCCCGGCGCCCGGCUCCGGUGAGCCUCAAAGUACAGCCCUGAAUCAGCCUCUUGUCUGACGACUGGUAGCUGCCUCCACCAACCUCUGUCACCUAAGACGGCGCCACCUCUUAGCAGGGGCAACGGAAUGAAAGAAGGCAUGUCUAAUAACAGCACCACUAGCAUCUCCCAAGCCAGGAAAGCGGUGGAGCAGCUGAAGAUGGAAGCCUGCAUGGACAGGGUGAAGGUCUCCCAGGCAGCAGCCGACUUGCUGGCUUACUGUGAAGCCCACGUACGGGAAGACCCCCUCAUCAUCCCGGUGCCUGUGUCAGAAAACCCCUUCCGAGAGAAGAAGUUCUUCUGUACCAUCCUCUAAGUCCCUGUGUGAGGAAAUGUCUCCAUGUCUGUCCGUGAACCUCCCUGUAGAGACCACGCAUGCUCUGAGCCUUAGCGAGCCCAGCCCAUGCCCUACCCAGAACCACUGCCCAAGUUUACCUGGCUUUUCACUUGUUCUUUUGCAUUGCAUUCAAUUUCAUUUUCAUUUAUUUUCAUUACUCACAAAGAAAUAGACGUCUUUAGCCAGAUAGCAAAUGCACCAAGUAAAAAUGAAUAUGGACUUAGAGGUUUAAAUUUUUUAAACAAUGAUUUCCAAGUUCAAACACAUGAAGUUAGCACAUUUCAGUGGAUAACUUAUUGGAAAGAAAACUGCCCGAGAUUCCCCCAUUCAAAGUAGUUCUGUUUUAAAUUGGAGUAUUUCAAGCAACAGAAAUACAUGUGGAAAGUUUCCACCUCCUUUCCAGGAGAGAGCUGCUCUGGAAAUUCUCUUUCCUGCUUUUCCAUCACCCUGUUCAGAGAAAAUAAUCCAGAGGAUUGGAAUGGUUUUCUUAAUUUGUAUCUUCCUAGGAUGGUGUGUUCCAGAGCCUGCUGGGGGCGUCCCUGCCCCUGCUUUCCCACGGCUAAUUACUGACCCUUUUAUAGGUGGUCCUUCGACAAACAUAGAUGUUAGGUGAGUGUUUUAGCACAUUUGACAGGUGUGACCUCUCCAGAUGCCACCUUUGCCUGCUCCCUCCUGUCUGCCCGAGGCCUCAUGGGGCUUCACCAGAGCAGCUCCUGCCCUGAGGGGUGUCACGUGGCACCAGCUUGCUCUGCGCCAGACACUGGUCUAAGCAUUCCCAUGUAGGCAUUUGAUCAGUCCUCCAACAAUCCCAAGAGUGUAUGCCUGCUUUAGAGAUAAGGAAACUGAGGCAGAGCUAAGUAACUGGGACACAGAGAGAGUGAGUAAUUUGCCCAAGGUUAUGAUAGUAAACAGGAAAACUGGGAUUUGAGUACAGGAAGUCUGGCCCCAGAAUCCUCUCUCUUAUCCCCUGAGCUGUGCUGCCUUCCACUUACACCACACAGGUUCCCCUGCAGACAACCUGAGCUGCACCCGCUGCCGAAAACACCUGUAUUAUACCGUCCAUGGUCUACUCAGCUGCACACUGCUCCUCCCCUCUUUCCGGUAGGAGGCAUGUUGACCCCAUAUUCUGGAAGUUCCUGGAAGACAGUACUCGGAUCCUAGGGGAAGGCUAGACAGCAGUGAAUUAGCCCUUGGUUUUCUGAGCAAACCUGCAGGCUCACCUAAAAAAUCCUACCACCCCUGAUGAAAGAGAAGGACACAGCACGGGGCAGAGAGCUCUUUGUCUAGGUUUGCUCAGUCAGUGCCAUGUGUUUGGAAACUGACUUUCUCCCUGGCUCUGACAGCAGUGCCGUGGGAUAUAGAGAUGUAGCCAUUGUGGGCCUAAAAUGUUCUAAUCUGCAAGCUGAAGAUCAUGGUAAUUACUCCUGCCUUUCUGUCUAGGGAUAAAUAGAGAGGUGCUACAUAGAUAAAAGCUCUGAUUAUUAUUUAAAAUAUAAAUGUACUAACUGCCCAGAUCUAAUGUAGGGAAGAAUGAAGUGGCUUCAAAGAUAGCAUGGUUUAGUUGGAGGAAUAAUAAAAAAUUGCCUAUGAAGAAGCAUCUCUGAUUUUCAGAUCAAUUAAUGACUUGCUCCUCUUGUAAAUGGCUUUAGUACAUUUUAAUUCUUUGACUCUUUUGUUGAAACCCACUCCUGGCUUCGUUAAAGCUCGCUGAUAAUGCCAGUGUUGUUAGAAAGCCAGAUGCUCGAGCUCAAGAAGACCCGUGUGCCAUGUGUGCUAAUAAGACUCCGAUUCUCCUGUAUCUUGGUUUAUGACCAGGGUCCCUUUGUUCUAUUGUCCGUGUCAACAUCAUUAACCUGAUAAGGCAAAGCGCAAUCCAUGAAAGCACACCAGAGAAGCCAGGAAAGUGGGACAGAACAGACGCUUGGUGAAAUCAGGCCACGAAAAUAUGUGGUUUUCAUCUUCCACCAAGCCUUCUCCUCUUUGUUUCUCCCUUGACCAUGCCUCCACAUUCUGCCCACCAUGCCGCUUUCCAUUUUUCCUUUUCCUCCUCUCUUAAGAGGUGCUUUUUCGUCCUUUUGCUACACCUCAGCCUUUCAGUCUUAAGGCAAUGUGCGUGACUUCCUUCCCCUCCAAGGUGUCCCUGAAAGUGAGUGCUCCCCGGUCAAGGGCAGGCUCCUGCACGUGGGAGAGGAGGUACACAAACACGUGAGUGAGUGCCCUUGUCCCUUUUAAUGGCCAUUGGAAGGUGAAUGAAAUAAAACCUGCUCACACAUGGUGUGUGCCUGCAGCACACACUUGUCAUUUUUUUGUUUUCUCUUUGGCUGGCCAACAUCUGACCUCCCCUCCUGUUUGGGAAGAUGAUGCCUUGUGUAUAGAUUUGGUGAGAUGAUGCCUUGUGUAUAGAUUUGGUGAGAUACACUGCCACCUCCCCUGUGGGAGCUGAGGUAGGAAGAUCGUCUCUCUUAGGUGCACCCCCUGCCAGCGCUGCACCAGUAGAAGUGGCCAGUGACCUGGGAGGGGCUGCUUGGACUUGCCAUUUGGGACUGUGAACCUGGAGCAAGUGACACAGAAACAAAGGGAUGUGAAACUGAUUUCAUGGUUGCUGUGGUGGUGUCCAGGGCUGGCAGUCUGUAGGGAUGGUGGUGUCCACUGGUGACGAGGUUCAGGGCAGAGUCCUGGGCAGGCCAUUCUUAUUCCUCUCCUUGGCCCCAAGAGCUGUCUCGGCUCCCAUACACCUUCCUAGCUUUCCCUUCUAGCUUCCUGUCAAUUAUUUGAUCCUUUAGGCCCCAUCCAAUAAAUUCCCUUUUCUUCCAUGAAAUAGCUCGAGUUCAGUGUACAUGCCCUAUGACCUAACAGUUCCAUUCCCAGGUGUAUACCCAACAGAAAUAUGUACGUAUAUCCACCAGAAGACACAUACUAGCACGUUUACAGAAGCACUCUUCAUCGUAAUCCCAAACUAGAGAGUACCCAAAUGCCUGUGUUGAAUGGAUGAAUAAAUUAUGGUAUAUUCACACGAUGGAAUCCUACACAGCAAUGAGAACGAAUGGUCUGCAAGUACACACCACAACGUGGAUGAAUCGCACAAGCCCGAUGCUGAGCGAGAUAGAGCAGAAUACAUACAUGCUAUGUGAUUCCAUGUAUAGAAAGUACAAAACUAAUCUAUGCUGUUGGAAGUAGGAAUUGUAAUUUCUCUUGAGGAGAUGGUAACCAGAACGGGAGCUUCUGGAAUGUUCUGUUUCUUGAUGUGGUGUUGGCUACCUGGGUGUAUUCAGUUUGUGAAAAUUCUCCAUGCUAUAUACGCUUAAUGAUUUGUGCACUUUUCUGUAUGUAUGUUAUACUUCAAUAAAAAGUUGGUUUCUGUGGCCAACAACCAAAAAACUUUUUUGUUUCUUUUUUGGCACUUUGCUCAACUUUUCACUCCUAUUUAGAUAUAACAUUAACAGGGCAAUUUAAGAGUGCUUGACAACAUCAAGUAAGCAUGUCGAAAUCCAAAAUACUUACGACCCACAGCUAGCAGAGGGCUCCCUGUGAAUAGGA